AUGCCUGACUUCAACGACUUCGUCUUGGAUGCUUCUUGGGAUGCGGCAAGUCCGCCACCCCUGCAGACUUGGACUCGAGCGCCCCAAGGUCAAAAUAUCAUGAUUGGUGAAGGGUCGGGCCAGAACUCCUCGCCGUUUUCGAUGACGGCUCAAGUGUUCACUCGAAAAUGUUCUGAAAUUGGAUUUUCUCAACCAUUCCUCGACAAGUUGAUUUCGCGGGCGCCACUAUUUGAAUAUAGAUUUGUUUUCCCAGGGCCUACUGAUCCUACCGCGACUGCGGUCUCGCCUACUCAUUUGGAGGUCGCAAUGGCCAAUUUCGAGAACGAUUCCUUCUUUUGCCUCUUUCGAUACGGACUUAUUGACAGAAGGUCUCACUGUCUAUUGUUUCUCAAGACAGGUGAUUAUUUGAAGAAGGAUCUUUUAAAAGCGACGGACUUUAUUCCAUGGUUAGACAACAAUCAGGAAGUACUGCAGCGACAUCCCAUGCUCAUCUUGAACGUAAUCCUGGCUUUUAUUCAAGGCCGAGAAUACGAAUUCGUUGAAUGGCGGAUGGACCUUUAUGACAUGGAAUCCAGACUCGGAGUGACAAGAGACGGCACCUAUCUCAAUUCGAGUGGAUAUGCGUCCAUUGACCACGACUUCAGACUCCUGAACGCGGACAUCGCUGGCUUUGUCAAGAAAGUAGCGGAUACAGAGCUCUCAGCUUCAACGGUCCUAGAGCAUGCGAAAAGUGUCCAACGACUCAUGGGGAUUUGUGAAGACCUCCAGAGCUCACCCAACAAUCAGUUACGCAUAUUGUCUGAGCAGCGAGAGGAGCUCCAAGCUACGAUCAUUCGCGCAGAACUGUAUCUUAAGCACAUGAAAAUGGCACGAGACGUACUCCAAAGUCUCACAGCAGUGCUAUACAACCGUAUCAGCAAGCAAGAUACAGAUUCCAUGAAAACGAUCGCUGUUGUUACACUAGUGUUCCUUCCAGCAACUUUCAUUUCUGCCAUCUUUUCAACUGGCAUCUUCAAUUUCCACGCCACAGAAUCCCCAGACAACCCCAGAACAGUGUCGAAAUACGGCUGGGUGUAUCUGAUAGCAUGUCUGCUCUCGACGGCAUUGACUUUAAUCUCAUGGAGCUGUUGGUAUCGUUGGGGUCGUGUAUGGUUAGAGAAACUGAAUUUCUCACGGAUUCAUUCGCAUGGCACGAGAAAGUCAUCAAAUUCGGGAAAGAGACAACUCUGGAGAAGAGGGAUUGCAGCGCUGCCAAGACUGAGAAGGGCCCCGAAUAGAAGAGUCAAUACGGAUGUUGAGAAUCCUCUGAGGAACCCUGAUCCGCCUGAGGAACUUCACAAUAUGACAAUACCGAACAUUGGAGUAUCGCCACAGCAGUCUGGUAACGAGAAUCCUUGA